AUUUACCAACAGGAUGGGAGGAAGGCUACACCUUCGAGGGAGCUCGGUGCUUCAUUAACCACCCUGAAAGAAAGGUGACCUGUAAGCACCCAGUAUCAGGCRUUCCCUCCCAAGACAAUUGCAUCUUUGUUGUAAAUGAACAGUCCAUACCUAAGGUUUCAUCUGAGAAUGAAAGCAGAACUGACAAGAAGGAACGUCCAAAGAGCGACAUGAGUGAGGCAUCAAAUUACACAGGUGGUUCGGAUUAUAGUACUUUCCCUGGCAGCCCAGCCACCAUUGUCACCAGUGGAACCACAGUCUCCACCUCAUCAACCAGGCCUUCCAGGUCUUCUAAAAAGAUACACAACUUUGGGAAGAGGUCUAACUCUAUUAAAAGAAACAUCUAUGCCCCAGUAGUGAAGUGCAACUGGCUCUUCAAGCAGGACAGCACAGGUAUGAAGUUGUGGAAGAAGAGGUGGUUUGUUCUGUCUGACAUGUGCCUCUUUUACUACCGUGAUGAAAAAGAGGACAGCAUCCUAGGAAGUAUUCUUCUGCCCAGCUUCCACAUCUCCAUGCUUUCAGUGGAUGACCAUAUCAACAAGAAAUAUGCAUUCAAGGCCACUCACCCCAACAUGCGAACAUAUUAUUUCUGCACUGACACAGCAAAAGAGAUGGAGUCCUGGAUGAAAGUAAUGACAGAUGCUGCUCUUGUCCACACUGAGCCCAUCAGAAGACUAGACAAGUUGAACAUGGACCAGCAGAAGCCUCAGGAUUUGAACAACUUUCUGAACCACAAAGUCUUAACGGGGCCUGAGAUCCAGAAAAAUGAUCUCAACCGAGACCCAGUGCAGCAACAGAUUUUCUCACAGGCCAAUGACAAAGGGUUGAAAGAUUCAGAAAAACACAACAGCCAGAAAGAGCAUGGGGAUUGCACCUUUCAAAGAGAUGAAGAAAAGUUCUUACUAAAGAAAGAUGAAGUUGGUUAUAGGCUUCAGAAGAAUGGAGAAAAGUAUUUCCUUCACAAAGAUGGAGAAAGACUUUUGUUAAAAAAAGAUAUGGACAAUUGCUCACUGCAAAAAGAUGGUAAGGUGUACAUUAUAGACAGAUAUCUGGAUAAAUUGGCUGAUCAUCAAGGGAAAAUCGAGUACACCAUGAUGCAGACAGAGGAAAAAUAUGAUUGUUCUAAAGAUGAAGAAAAGAACCUCAUCACAAAAAAUGGACAGAAAUAUGUACUUCCAAAAUUUGGACAGAAAGAUGGGCAGAAGCUUGUUCCUCAAAAGGAAGUGAGGAGACAGCUUUCAUUAAAGGAAACAGAAAGACACAACACAGUAAGGGACAUGGGGAACAAAUAUGGUACCAUACAGGUUGUAGACAAAUAUAGUAUUCUGAAGAAGGUGGGAAAAUAUAGCACUCUACGAGAAGGAGAUAAAUAUACUAUCACAGACGCAGAGAAAUAUGCCACUCUCCGUAAUGGGAAUAUGUUUGGUUUUCAAAAAAUAAACGGUGCAGAGAGGACUCUGGCUAAAACCAGUAGCAUCAGACUUCAACCAAUUCAAGCUGCUGCCAUCACACCUGCAGUAUCCGUAACAUGCCAGAACCAGGCCAACAUCUACACCCAGAAACCAGCACAGUUUCAUGGUUCAGGAUCUGAGCCAGAAAAACCUGGAGACGCCAGUCAUCCAAAAGUAGAUGACAGUCACACUAGGAUCUCCAUAAAUCUUCCUGGUCCAGUUCUGGAGCUAGACAGUGGCCUGUCCAGGACCGUCUCUAUCAAUCAACUGCAGCCAUGGGUCAGCGCUCAGAGACCAAGAGGACUGGAAGAUGACACAAGGAG